AUGUCGGCCCUGCCGUCUGAUGGCCCCGCCGCCAGCGGCAGCAGCGCCGCGCCAAUGGGUUCCAAUGUCCAGGCGCUGCCCAUAAGCGUUGGCAUGGGGAGUGCAGCCAUGCCUGGCUCCGGAGCAGCAAACACAACCCUGCAACACACGGAAACCCGAGGCUCAGGCGACGGUGAUGAUGAGACGACCUCCCCCAGCCCUUCCAUGGCUGCCGUCAUGAUCAACUCUUCGUGGGAGCUGGGCCGCCGUCUGGACGCCGCGUGUACUCCACGCAUCUGUCAGCUUAACAUCCGACACAUUCAAAUGCUGGUUCCCGUCGACGUGGAUCAAAUGAAGCAGGAGCUGUUGAAAACAACAGUCGAUUCCGUUAACCUUGCCGUCUCAAUGCAGAACACACGCAAGACAUUGCGAUCACCGAAUAUCCCCCUCAAUGCUGAGCUCAAGGUGGACGCCCCCCUACAGUUGACGUACAACCUUCAGUAUUCCCACAACUGGAAGAUGCCUGACGAAAACAUUCUUAUCAUCAGCCUUGAGCGAAGAAAACGCUACAAACAUCGCCCCAUCAAGGGCUACAAGCUCCUCUGCUCCGCGGCCAUUUCCAUGGACGAGGUGCUGCAAUCAUCGCUGACCGGCACGCUGUCUUUGGUGGACCGACACGGGCAAAUCACCGCGCGUGUCGAGAUUGACUCCAUCAUCACUCAGCCUUUGCAAAUAACGGCCGAUGACGUUGAGGAGGAAUCUGAUGGCUGGUCUGAAGCCGAUGCAUUGAGCGACGUGGACGAUGAUGGCAUGUCUACCCGUGGUGCCAGCCGACGUCGCAAGCCGAAAAAGAUGAAACUUCGCAAGUUGAUGAAGGGCAUAAAAAACAUUCCGCAGAUGGGUCAGUCCCGGCAUCCCCCAAAAGUACCUCUGCUACGUCAAGCGUCUCAAACAGAGGCAUUUCUCACGGCAAGAGCUCUUGGGCUGGCCUCAGGUCGCAAGCGCAAGGAGGAAGAAGAAGCUGAGAUUGACGUUGAGGACCUGGAUGGUAUCAGUUUGUUGGAGGUGUUACGCAUGGGCUCGUCGGCCGUGUCGCAGUAUAGUGACAAUUCAGAUAACGAUGACGACGACCUUGCCGUCCGUCACAACAACAGCAGUGCUGGAAGCCGCUCCAACAAGCUGGCGGUUCGCUUACAAAACAUCUUGCCUGGUGGUCGCAAAAAGGAGCGGGGCACAGCGUCAACAUCUUCGGCCAGCAAUGGCAACGGUGGUGGUACCAACAGCAGCACGAGCCGCAUUCCCAAGAUGCCUUCCUUCUCUGACCUUGGCGUACCUAAUCGGCCCCGCUCGGCUUCUUCGGUUUUGUCGCAGUUGACAGCCAGGCUUGAUGUCGAUCUGCCUUUUGCCAUUUUGGUUGAUCUUGAGCACGAUAAGGCACAAGAGAUUGCGAGCGAAAUCGCCGCUGGCGCGGAGGAGGAUGCGGGCGUUCGGUUGUUGGCGACGCAAGUGCUUCCUUGCGCGGCCGGAGAGCUGCAGGCCCAUGUCCGUGCGCUUGUCCAAUAUGCCGAUUCACGAGCUAGUUUGUUCACCAUUGCGAUCUUGGGAAGCGCCACCUUUCAGUGGCAGCUCUUGCAAGCCUACGUGGAGGCUGCCUUCAGGGGUCGUCAGCGCUACCAUGCCUUCUUACCAUUACCAUUGGAAGCAAAUGAGACACCCUUGAUCCAGUAUCUGGCUCACAUCGACGACCACUAUGCCACCCACUUCAAUACGCCAACAUGGUUUGAUUUGGUUGGCAGCGUGGUAGAGAAUGGAGAGCAGCUGAGCGAGUUGGCCAAGCAUGUGGUGCAUUAUUUGACGCACGCAUCAUUCACACACACCAAUCUGAGCAUUAACGAGCUGCUCAUCACCACGGACGCGUCUCAGGGGUCAGAACAAAAGCUUUACCCCUUUCUACGAAGCGUUGUCGUUGGCUCCACGCACAUCAUGCCCGGCGAGAGUGAAUCGGAUGACAUGGACCUUGUCCUGGACGUCAAGCCCACCUCGACAACUGCAAAAGAUAAGGGACAAACUAUCAAGGGGGCCUUUAAACAGGUGACAAUUACGCGCAAUGCAUCUGAGCAGGCGGGCGCACGCUUUACGAUGCACGCCGUGCAGAAUAAGCACAACUUUCUCAAACUGCGGCGCGACAAGCACGGGCGCGACAACCUGAUUGAACAGGAGCUGGAUGCUCUCAUGUGCCACCCCAAUGACCACAAAGCCAGCUUCACCCUGAACGUUGACGAUGCCGUGGUACGGGAUGUUGUGUUCUUCAACCUCUCCCCUAAUUGGCCUUCCCCUGUGAAGCAGCUUCCGUUGGCGGUCGUUGCCACCGGGGAGGCCUUUGGUUUGGGGGCUUCGGUAGAGGCCACCACUCCCGUCGAGGCCGAGGCAAGCAUUGUCUGA